AAACGCGUGUUCCAUUCGAUUGAGAGAUUUCCUCAAUUAGUACGAAAGCGGUCGCACUUGGAUUGUCAUCGAUGUUUAAGCCCCGCGAGAUAGAAACUCGUCUCUGAGUGUUUCGACAGUGUUGUACAUACAGGAAGUAGGACAAAGGCGUACACAUUGUGCACAGUAGUAUAUACGCACGCGUGUGUGUGUGUGUGUUUCGUAGCGCACAGUGCGGCUAUAAUUCAAGAAGAAUUCGCGUAAUUUCGAAGAAGGAGGGCUGUGUGGGUUGUUUGUCAUAGAAACGAAUCGACGAACUUUCACCAGGAACAGAAGAACAAUAAAAAACUGAUACGCCGAAGUAGUGAGGAAGGAUGUCGAGGAAAGGGGGAAUUGCGAUGACGUCACUUCCGUUGAGGGACACAAAAGUCGACAUCGCGUCGUCCUCGAGUUCUUCGAAUAGUUCCGUAAAUUCGGAAGGUUCUGACACGAAACGAAGCGUAUACAGCAUAUGCGUUACCGGGCUCGACCUCGUUAACCAUAUACUCAUCGUUUGUCUGACAGCGUUCACUUUGUACCAUUCCCUUCCGUCUGCAAGCGCGUUCAAUUUACACGUCACUCUCUGCACCCUUGGGUACGUCCUGUUGAUGUCGGAGGCCAUUCUCAUCCUGGCUGGUGAAAGCAUCCUGACCAACUUUCUUACGCACCGUGCCAAGAAACACCUUCACUGGAUCCUCCAAGUACUCGGUGUUGCAUGCACAGUAGCCGGCGUCGUUCUCAUAUUUUGCAAGAAAUCGGUCCAUUUCCGGUCCACACACGCCAUACUCGGUAUCACUUCGGUCAGCUUGAUGCUGUUCCUAACGCUCUUCGGUUAUCCAGUUUUCACGCUGAGAUUUAGGAACAUCGUCAGACCGGUUCUGACGAAGUUCGGACACAAUUUGUUGGGCAUGCUGUGCUUCACCAUUGGUAUCGCAGCGCAGUGUUACGGAUACAAGAAGUUCGGCUCGUGGACCAGCGAGACGAAGAAUAUGUGCAUCGCUGUCGCUGCCAUAAUCGCCGCGCUGUCGCUCAGGCAGGCGUUUUUCAAAGGAGUUUCCACGAUCUUUCGGGGAACUUUGUGGAAAAAUUGA